AUGGGAGAGCCGGCAUUCAGUUUCGAGAGUUACGUUUCAGACAGGCUGGGCUUACAUGAAGAAGAUGAAGUUUACUGCAUUCCAUACCAGACAAACUCCUGCAAGGAUCCAAACUGUUCCAAGCAGCAUGUCAAGCUGAGCACAGCUGUUGUCUGCAAGCAUUGGCUUAGGGGAUUGUGCAAGAAAGGGAUCAAGUGCGAAUUCAUGCACGAAUAUGAUCUCUCAAGAAUGCCGGAGUGUUACUUCUUCAGCAGCUACGGAGAAUGCAUGAAUCCAGAGUGUAACUACAUACACAUAGAUCCAAACAGUUCCUCAAAGGAAUGCCCUUGGUAUAACCGCGGGUUCUGCAGGAACGGUGCAUCGUGUAAGAACAAGCAUGUCAGAAAGAAGCUGUGCUACAACUACUUCCUCGGAUUUUGUCCAAGAGGGCCAGACUGCGACUACGGGCAUCCCAAGUUCAACAUUAACCCUGCCCGUGAAAUAUCUCGCUCAGACAUCAUUCAGAAACCUUCAAAUCUGGCAAGCUCAUGA